AAAAUGUCAAAGUCCAAUUGUCAAAUAACAAGUGCCAAGUAACAAAAGUUGACAUCACUAAAAUUCUUUUCGUUUUGAUAUUCUAGUGCGCAGCGUGCUAUUUUGAUAAUCAAAAUGCAGAACGACGCCGGAGAAUUCGUUGACCUGUACUGUCCCAGGAAAUGCUCGGCCAGCAACCGUCUCAUCCACGCGAAGGACCACGCCUCGGUGCAGCUCGUGAUCGCCGACGUGGACCCGGCGACGGGCAGGGCGGCCGACACCUCCAAGAUGUACGUGGUCUGCGGGGCCAUCAGGCGAAUGGGGGAGUCGGACGACUGCAUCGUGAGGCUCACCAAGAAGGAUGGCAUUCUCGUUAAGAACUACUGAUGCGGAGGGAGUCAUUUAAGGAAAAAAUAAAAAAAUCUAACAAAAAAUAUGUUUUACUCGAUAUCCUAAGAACUAUUCAUAUCUCUGAAUGGCUCCGUUUGCGGGACGCGCGAUUCCGUCUGGCCCGGAUGCGUCGAUUGCCC